AUGUCUGCUCUGGGUGCUCUCGGCGGCGAAAGUCCGCACGUGUACAGCAGAGAAUAUGCUGUGUCCCUUGAUUCCCAGGACUCCCUGAAGCAUACCAGGGAAGAGUUUUACAUUCCUUCAAAGGCUCAAUUGAAAGUCAAAUCGCUGCCAGAAGCGGCUCGUGAUGCCUCUUCUGAUGCCUCAUCAAUCUACCUUUGUGGGAAUUCCCUGGGUCUGCAACCUCGACUUGUUUCGACGCGUAUGCAGCAGUAUUUCACAACUUGGGCGACACAAGGUGUCUUUGGCCAUUUCAAACCUCUUGACGAGUCACCUCUGCCAACAUGGCUAGAUGCUGACACAAGAGCUUCGGAAUGCAUUGCUCCUAUAGUUGGAGCUCUUCCUUCCGAAGUUGCUGUCAUGGAAACUUUGACAGCGAAUCUCCAUCUACUGUUAUCUGCGUUUUACAAACCUGAUAUCAAUGGUCGUCAUAAGAUCAUUAUCGAGAGUCAAGCUUUUCCCUCUGAUCACUUUGCUGCCGAAUCUCAGAUUCUGCACCACGAUCUUUCUCCAGCGACAUCUUUGAUCACAAUUGAGGCACAAUCUCAACCGCAAGCACCACUCUCAACCUCUCACAUUCUAUCCAUUAUCAAAGAACAUGGAGCAACAACUGCCGUCCUCCUUCUCCCAGGAAUUCAAUACUACACUGGCCAAUUCCUCGACAUUCCAACCAUUACUCGUGCCGCUCACGAAGCCGGGAUCUUUGUAAUCUGGGACCUGGCCCACGCCGUUGGCAAUGUCCCCCUCCAAUUACACGACUGGCACGUCGAUGCUGCCGUCUGGUGCAGCUACAAGUAUCUGAAUUCUGGACCUGGAGCUGCAGGAGGCCUAUUCGUGCAUGAAAACAACGGCCAAGUCGCUACGCGAGGGAGCGGCAAGAAAAUCUUCACUAAUAGACUCUCCGGUUGGUGGGGAAGUGACAAGUCCUCACGUUUUGCGAUGGACAAUAAAUUCGUCCCUAUACCUGGUGCUGCGGGUUUCCAGCUGUCAAAUCCGUCGAUAUUGGAUAUCACGAGUUUGACGUCCUCGCUUGAGGUCUUCGCUCUCGCUGGUGGCAUUGGGCCGCUACGUGCCAAAUCAUUACAACUCACUUCCCAUCUGGAGAAACUGCUCUUGAACAUGCCAGCACACGCCAACAAACAAUUCGAGAUCAUCACACCUAGAGAGCCAGAAGCACGUGGUGCACAGCUUAGUCUGAAGUUGCAACCUGGAUUACUAGACAAAGUUAUGGAGGGACUGGAGGAGAGGGGUGUGGUUGUGGAUGAGCGACGGCCGGAUGUUAUUCGUGUUGCGCCUGCGCCGCUGUAUAACACGUUUUCGGAUUGCUGGUAUUUCGUGAGUGCAUUUGGGGAGGCGCUGGAGCAUGCUGUGAAGGCGUGAGGUCUAGCUGAGGACAGAGACAAAUUGACAAAAUGACACACCUAGCGAGGAGGCUUGAUGAUAAGACGAUUAAAUAGAGCAUGGAAUGGCG